AAUACCAUUACUACUAAACAUUAAAAAAUAAAAUAUGUUUUUAAAAUAAACAUUUAAUUUAUGAUAAUAAUAUAAACAACAAAUUGUGUUUUUAUUAAUUUAUGUAACUCUUAUUAUAUAUAUACCGGUAUAUUAAUCAACAAAUUAUUAAUAACACACUAAUAAAACAUGGCUUCUGGAGGUGUAGGCGCCGCCGAUACAGAUAGCGAUGCUCUCAGACAACAUAUACGUGCGAUAAUUGCCCAAAAAGUUGAUGAAUAUUCCGCUCACGAGUUGGACGACGAAACUACUAAAAAACUGAUCAAACAGGACGUCCAACGAGAGAUGAUAUUAUGGAAACAUAAAAAACCAAACACUGGAAAGCCGACUAAAUAUCAAAAAGUCAAACAAAAAUUGAAACAAUUUAUUAAUCCUCCCAUUGAUACCAAUGCUAUUGAAAUACGGAACCGAUCGGACCAACAAUAUCAAUUGGCAGUGGCAUUGAGCCAAAAACAACAAGUAAAUCAUCAUGAUGAACAUAAACAAAUUGGUGAGGCAAUUGUUUUAAGUGAACAAUCAAAUGUAAUUGAUAAAUAUUAUCAUGAUGAAUUACAAUUGGCCAUAGAGUUAAAUAAGCAAAUCAACUCUGUUGAUGUUGAUGUCGAUGAUAAUAAUGAUAGUAAUAGUGUCAAUGAUUUAAUCAAAUUUGAUUGCGAGGUAUGUAUGGAUCAGUUUCCAGUUGAUAGUGCCGUUAGCUACGGGUGUGAGCACCGGUAUUGCGAGGAUUGUGUACGUCAAACGUUAACCGUUGCCAUCGAUGACAACCGUAUCAAAUCACUUGCCUGUCCGGCGACCGACUGUACCGCUGAGGCCACCCAACAACUGGUUAGACGUAUUUUGGGCGACGAGCUGUACAACCGAUACGAUCUACUGUUACUUAAGUCAGCGGUCGGUGCUAUGGAUGAUGUGCAUUACUGUCCCAACACUGAUUGCGGUACAAUGGUAGUGACCGAAAUUGAUCUGGCCAUCGGUAACUGUACCCGAUGUGGACUGGCAUUUUGUACCAGUUGUAUGAAACCAUAUCAUGGUGGCUAUGAUUGUCAACUGGAAACCGAGGAACGGGAGGAAAUGGUACGGAUUUAUCAGAGCGAACUGUUGGCUAAGGAACUGAACUCUGAGGAAGAGGCGCUCAACAGAGCCAUAGCCGAAGUGGAACUGGAGGACAAAGAAUGGAUGGAUCGGAUCAGAGACGAACAGAAGGCUAUCAGAGAACAGGAAGCGAUGAUCGAAGAGCAGAGGAUAGCCGAUGAGGAAAGGGCUGCUGAAGAGAAACGUAGAGCCGAUGCCGAAAAAUUAAGGAAAGAGGCUGAGCUCAGGGAACAGGCGAUUAUUGCCGCACAGAAGGCUGAACGAGAACGUCAACAACGGGAGGUUCAGGAGGGCAGACAACGUGAGGAACGGGAGUCCGAACAACUUGUUCGUCAAGUGAGCCGUCCCUGUCCUCAGUGUAAGGCACCCAUUGAGAAAAUAUCUGGCUGCAAUAAUAUGAAAUGCACUCAUUGUAAGUAUGAAUUUUGUUGGGAUUGUAUGGGCCAUUGGCCAUCAUUGGGUCAUACAUACUAUCAUGGAUGUAAAACUUAAUUAUUUAUUUUUUUUUAAUAAUAUUUAGUAAUCAGUAUUAACAUAUUUA